AUGUCUGCUGAAGCCCCCACCACCGCUCCCGUCACCGACAACGUUGUCGCCGCUACCCCUGAGGCCAAUGGCACUCCCGUCGAGGCCACUUCCGAGGCCGCCGGUGAUGCCAACAACCAGCCCCACUCGGCUUCUCUCUACGUCGGCGAGCUUGACCCCUCCGUGACUGAGGCUAUGCUCUACGAGCUCUUCUCUUCCAUAGGUCAGGUUGCCUCCAUCCGUGUCUGCCGUGAUGCCGUCACCCGCCGCUCCCUGGGCUACGCCUACGUCAACUACAACAACACCGCUGACGGUGAGCGUGCUCUUGAGGAUCUGAACUACACUCUCAUCAAGGGUAAGCCUUGCCGCAUCAUGUGGUCCCAGCGUGACCCCGCUCUGCGCAAGACUGGCCAGGGCAACGUGUUCAUCAAGAACCUCGACAACGCCAUUGACAACAAGGCUCUCCACGACACCUUUGCUGCCUUCGGUAACAUUCUCAGCUGCAAGGUCGCUCAGGAUGAGUUCGCCAACUCCAAGGGUUACGGUUUCGUCCACUACGAGACCGCCGAGGCUGCCAACAACGCCAUCAAGCACGUUAACGGUAUGCUGCUGAACGACAAGAAGGUCUUCGUCGGUCACCACAUCUCCAAGAAGGACCGCCAGAGCAAGUUCGAGGAGAUGAAGGCCAACUUCACCAACAUCUACAUCAAGAACAUCGAUCUCGAGAUCACCGACGACGAGUUCCGCGUCAUGUUCGAGGCUUUCGGUGAGAUCACCUCCGCUACCCUCAGCCAUGACCAGGAUGGCAAGAGCCGCGGUUUCGGUUUCGUUAACUACGCCAACCACGAGAGCGCCGAGGCCGCUGUGGCUGAGAUGAACGAGAAGGACGUCAAGACCCAGAAGCUUUACGUUGGCCGUGCCCAGAAGAAGCACGAGCGUGAGGAGGAGCUGCGCAAGCAGUACGAGGCUGCCCGCAUGGAGAAGGCCUCCAAGUACCAGGGUGUCAACCUCUACGUCAAGAACUUGACUGACGACAUUGAUGACGAGAAGCUCCGUGAUCUCUUCACUCCUUACGGUACCAUCACCUCCGCCAAGGUUAUGCGUGAUGCUGCUGAGCGUUCUCCCUCCCCCGAGGGUGAGGAGAAGGAGGCCGACAAGGAGACUAAGGACUCCGAGGAGAAGGAGGUGAAGUCUGAGGAGAAGCCCGAGGUCAAGGCCGAGGAGCCCACCGAGGAGAAGAAGGCCGAGGAGGGUGAGGAGUCCGAGGAGAAGAAGACUGAGAAGAAGGCCUUCGGUAAGAGCAAGGGCUUCGGCUUCGUCUGCUUCAGCAGCCCCGAUGAGGCCUCCAAGGCCGUCACCGAGAUGAACCAGCGUAUGGUCAACGCCAAACCCCUCUACGUUGCUCUCGCCCAGCGCAAGGAUGUCCGCCGCAGCCAGCUCGAGGCUAGCAUCCAGGCUCGCAACACCAUCCGCCAGCAGCAGGCCGCUGCCGCUGCCGGUAUGCCCCAGCCUUUCAUGCAGCCCGCCGUCUUCUACGGUGCUGGCCAGCAGGGCUUCAUGCCUCCUGGACAGCGUGGCGGUAUGCCCUUCGCCCCCCAGGCCGGUAUGCCCAUGCCUAACAUGCCCGCUGGACGUCCCCAAUACCCCGGUCCCUUCCCCCAGGGUGGCCGUGGUAUGCCUCCCAACCAACAGCUUCCUCCCAACUUCCAGGGUAUGCCCAUGGGUAUGCAGGCUCCUGGCGGUAUUCCUAACGGCAUGGGUUACCCUAUGCCCCAGGCCUUCGGCCGUGGCGGCGGUGGCCGUGGUGUUCCCGGUAUGCCCAUGAACAUGCGUGGCGGCCCCGGUUUCGGUCGUGGUGGUCCUCAGAUGGGUCGUGGUGGUGGUCGUGGCCAGCCCGCCCCUGGCGGUCAGCCCGCUGGUGGCGAGCCCGCCUCUGCCAACCAGGCUCUCCUCAGUGCUCCCCCCGCUCAGCAGAAGCAGAUGCUCGGCGAGGCCCUUUACCCCAAGAUCCAGGCUCAGCAGCCCGAGCUUGCUGGCAAGAUCACUGGUAUGCUUCUUGAGAUGGAUAACGCUGAGUUGCUUGGCCUGCUCGACGAUGAGGAGGCUCUCCGCGGCAAGGUCGAUGAGGCCCUUAACGUCUAUGAUGAGUACAUGAAGAACAAGGGUGAUGGCGAGACCGAACCCAAGCCCCAGGAAGCCGCCAAGGAGGCCCCUGUUGAGGAGAACAAGUCUUAAUUGAUGUGUUCACUCUUUGUCUUCUCGGAAAUCUUGGACGCACGUUUUUGACGACUUUUCCUUUCUCUUAUCAUUAUUUGUUCCCAUCUUUUACCCUUUCUACCCCUACAUCUCCCUAUCUCUGAUCCUGAUAUCCCUUGGUUCGAAAAGUUUGUUCUUAGGCAGUCACCUUCCUGGUGUUUAGUUGAAUGCGGUAUGACAUUCGGAUUUUUUUUCUCCUAUUUUUUCCGGAUUCC